CUGGGCAGCUCGUUCGGAGGCCAUCCUUGCAGUCACGGGACCUGUGACAGGCGCUGAACGGGGCUCUGCGGUGGUUCUACCGCCGUAAGGAAACGUUUUACCUUGGGAGGCAGCCCUCGUCAUCGCUGCGGCAGGCACCACCAUGACCGAGUUCUGGCUCAUCUCGGCUCCGGGUGAAAAGACCUGCCAGCAGACAUGGGAGAAGCUGUGCACCGUCACGGCCAAGCAGAACAAUUUGUCCACGAACUACAAGUUCCACCUGCCUGAUCUCAAGGUGGGCACACUUGAUCAGCUGGUGGGCCUCUCGGAUGACCUCGGCAAGCUCGACGCGUAUGUGGAAGGAGUGACUCGGAAAGUUGCCAGCUACCUCGGCGACGUACUGGACGAUCAGAGGGACAAGUUAGCCGACAACCUUCUGGCCAAUGGAUUGGAGUUGGAGGCAUACUUGACGCGCUUCCAGUGGGAUAUGGCCAAGUAUCCCAUCAAGCAGUCCCUUCGAAACAUCACUGACAUCAUCAGCAAGCAAGUGGGCCAGAUUGACGCGGACCUCAAGAGCAAGUCGGCCGCCUACAACAACCUCAAGACACAGCUGCAGUCCAUCGAGCGGAAGUCCACGGGCAGCCUGUUGGUUCGCAGCCUUGCGGACCUGGUGCGUAAGGACCACUUUGUGCUCGGCUCCGAGUACCUGACAACCCUGCUAGUCGUCGUGCCCAAAAUGCUGUUCAAGGACUGGCACUCCAAGUACGAGAAGCUGUCGGACAUGGUGGUUCCGUACUCCUCCCAGCUGGUCUACGAGGAUAACGAGCAUGGCUUGUUCACAGUCACCCUAUUCCACAAGGUGGUGGACGAGUUCAAGCUCCACUGCCGAGAAAACAAAUUCGUGGUUCGCGAUUUUGUGUACGAUGAGAAUGCACUGCUGGCCGGCAAGAACGAGAUUGCCAAACUGGAGAGCGACAAGAAAAAGCAAUACGGGCUGCUGAUACGUUGGCUGAAAGUGAACUUCAGCGAAGCCUUCACUGCCUGGGUCCAUGUCAAGGCCCUGCGGCUGUUUGUCGAGUCGGUUCUGAGGUAUGGGCUGCCAGUAAAUUUCCAGGGCAUGCUGCUGCAGCCGCAGAAGAAAACGGCCAAGCGACUGCGCGAGGUGUUGAACCAGCUGUACAGCCACCUCGACACCAGCAUUGCCCAGGGGCCCGUCGAUGACAUUCCCGGCCUGAACAUGGGGCAGCAGGAGUACUACCCAUACGUGUACUUCAAGAUCUGCAUCGACAUGGCCGACACGCACGUGCGGCUCUAGGCUGGGUGGCCACUACCACGCAUGCCUCCAGCUUGGGCCCAACAUUCCAUCUUUUAUUUGUCUAGCAGUGUACAGAUUAGCAUUGUUGUGUGUCACGCAAUAACCAAAAAGAUAUAUAUAAACAACGAAACAAUG